AAGUGCCUUUUGACACUUUAAGUCAAGAUGUCAAGAUGACUUGAAGGAGGCAGGGAUAUAUUUCAUUUCCGGCUGUCGACCGACGAGAAAUUGUUCAUUUGGCAUGUGCUUUCGAAGUGAAACAGAAAUACAAGAAAUCAAAGGGGAAAACAUGCCACAAAAGGUGUUAACACGUCGCCAGCGGAAGGCAGCCGAUGCCACACGUCAAGCAGAAGAAGAGGCGCUCAAGAAUCCACAACCAGUGACCGCUGUGAAAGGUGUGAAAAGGGUUCAGGCAAUGCCGCCGGAGAAGCAGCAGCAGAUAACACCAGGAGGUAAGCCCCCCGCACCCACGCCCCUAUCACCGCCAAAGCCACCGACAAGUGGCAGAACAGGGACUGCUCCAAUCAACAAGACAGCAAAACUGACACAGAAGCGGACACAAUCGAGCAAACUGGUGGAGUCGAUAAUCUACAGCAAGAACCCAGUGCCCAGUGGAAGGCUUCCGAAGAAGAUGCCCGAGGCACUAAACCUUGAGCCCAAGCCCCUUUCUGGGGCUAAGCCUCGGACUGCUGGCUCAGCCUCAGCCUCUGCCCCUGCCGCUGCCGUUGGCCCUGGCACUAGCACGGAAAGUGAAAUGUGGCGCGAGAUUCAGCCCGGGCAUCAGAAGCGUGCCAAGGAGCAUCUGCUUUCGAUAUGGAACAAAAUACAGAAACAUAUGGGGGUCAGCACCAUGAACACUAAAAACUCGCAUAAGACGGUGAAUAUCCCAUUGUUGAAUAAGAUCUGCGAGGAAAUCAAGAGUCGUUGGCAGGGAAUCUUGCCGGCUGACGGCGAAGAGACCCAGCCGGAGAUCUAUGGGAGGCGCCAGAGAGAAGUGUCGCCGAGCUUGUCCUCGCUGAGCUUCACACCCAGUGAAAUGGAGCUGAUUCCCCAGACAUUGGAAGCAGUCGAAAACUAUUUGGCGAGCGUCGGGACUGAAAACGACUUCGACUUCGAGAAGUCAGUACAGCAGGCUGAUGCCGCACAGAUUGCGCCCCAGUUGCAGCCCGAGCUCCCCGAAAAUAGUGUGAAAAAGCCCGAGAAAGCCCAGAAAUCUGUUACCAUCCGUCCAGACGACUCCAUUGAGAUCAUUGGCCAAACCGGCUACUUCGUCAUCACCGGCACAGACGAACAGUUGGCCCAAAAGCUCAUCGACCUGAAAGACCAAGGCGUUACUGUCGAGCAGUCCAUACAGCUCCCGGAGGGCACUGAGGGGAUAGUGCUGCAGCAGCUGGAGGAGCUGCUCCUAAACCGUGAGCAGAUUAUCCAGAAAAUGCACUCAAAGCAUGACACGCUGUCGAUGAGACGCGAGCCGCGUGAGAAAAAGAAGCUGAACAAGAAAGCAUAAGAAUCUCAUUGCUAAGCAUUACACACUAACAUAUAAUAGACAAUAAUCCCAAAAAACAUAUGAACUGAUCGACACUGGACAAGGAGCACACACACACACGUACAAAGACAUUAGAUUAUUCCAAAUUCAAAUUUCGCGCGCGCAAGACUCAACAAGUUGGCAACGCCAGCAAUGCACCGCGGCCCAAAACGGAACAGCAAAAAGCAGCGUGGCACGUUGACAGGAGAAAGCAACAUGCAGUUUUACCCACCCUCUCACGUGCAUCCCGGGGUAUGGGGUGGAUGCACCUUGCAUCUGAUGGAGAGGCCACAGGAUUCACAGCGUCUGAGCCGGCGCUACUAGAGGAGUUCCCGUACUGUGGCUUAAAUUUAAAUCACGGUCUAACAACAAAAACAAAACACAUGCGCACGCACACACACAGACGAGAGACAGAUGGAAGAAGAAGAUAAGCCGCCGCACAUGUGUCGCGGGCCCACGAACCACGUGUAGGUGUGUGUGCGCGCGCAUACGCUUGUAUGGGUAAACGCCGCCGCCACGCCAUGUGCUUUUUAUGCUCCUCAACACAACAAUCAAAUUCAAGACUACACUUUUGCUACAAUUUGCUAUCACAUUUCCGAACACCCGCACACCACACUCACACCCCUUCAUAGACACCAGCCGCAUUUUGUUUAAAAAGCUGUUUUCAUUCGAAAUAAAUAAAUGUACGCGAAACGGAUUCACCGACA